UAUAGAAAACAUCGAUUAAAAAAACUUCAAAAUCAGUGAGAUCAUAAUAAAUGUGACUUUAUUUGAAUUUCUAAAAAAGCAAUUUUUUAUUGAAAAAUGUUUUCUUUUACUUAUUUUGAAUGAAAUGAAAAAUAAUUAUUAUUUCGAUUUCCCCUUCAUUCGCGCAUUGGAAAUAGAUUACAACGAGCAGUGUACUGCGUUGUGAUCGCCCUAGUUCGUAAAGAUAAGCGACGACAAAAAAAAAAGUCAUUGGAACAAUUUUGAACCCUACAAAGUCAACAAAAGAAAAAUCCAACUGUGAUAAAUGCCUCCGCUACAAUGUUGUUCAAUAUAUAUUUGACAAUAACAAUUCUUUUGAUAACACAAAGUGAUUUCAUCUUAGCCAUAAAUUGUCCAGCAAAAUGCACAUGUCGUUGGGAAUUGGAUAGUUUAAUUGUAGACUGUUCCCACAGAGGGCUUUUUGACUAUCCAAAAAUCGAUGAAGGUUUACCAGUGGAUAAAUUGGACCUCUCUUUCAAUUUAUUCCAAGUAUUUCCCACCAUCUACACUGGCAUUAGUUCUCUCACUUAUCUCGACCUAUCUAGAAAUAAUAUUCAAGAAAUUGGUGAUGACACACUUAUUGGCUAUGAAUCACUGCGAACUCUAGAUUUGUCAAAUAACAGCAUACAAAGUUGGGAUGAUAUCAAUCCAAAUGUUGCCUUUCAGCAUGCUUACAAUCUUCAAAAGUUGUCAUUAGCUGGAAAUCAUCUUGAUAGAUUUGCAGAUAAUCAAGGAACUCCUUUGCUAAUGAGUGAUAUGCUUGCUGAACUUGAUCUCAGUAAUUGUGGUAUUAGCCAAGUUGGAAAUGUCUUGAGUGGAAUGCCAAGCCUGCAGAAGCUUACUUUAUCUGGCAACAAAUUAAGGACCCUAACAUCACUUCAAUCGAAAUCGCUAAGAGCUCUUGAUGUUAGUAAUUGUAGUUUAACAGGGUUAUCAUCGACUCUUGUAGAAAGUCUCCCAAGCUUGGAAGUCAUAAACCUUUCAUGGAAUCCAGGUUUAACCUUAGGAACCAAGACUGGAGAAGUCUUACAAUGUCAAACUCUGCGACAGUUAGAUGUCUCAUUUUGUAAUAUGGACAAUAUUGACUUGGGUGGAAUGCCAAAUAUAGUUGUAGCUUUAUUAAAAGGCAACACUUUACGAAGUAUCAGCUCAACAAUGUUUACCAACAAUACAGAACUUGAGCUACUAGACUUGUCAAAAAACGCCAUUCGUCAAAUCGAUCCAACUGCCUUUUCAACUCUACGAAGACUCACCGAAUUAGACUUAUCAUUCAAUGAAAUACUUCGCCUAGACCGAAAUCAAUUCCGCAACAAUGAUAACCUAGUUGCUAUCAACUUGAGUCGCAAUAUUUUCACUCAAUUUUCGAAAUUCAUCUCAAAUUCUUUGAGAACUGUUAAUUUGAGUUCAUGUGAAAUUCUAGACAUUGACCCAUAUGCUUUUUCCGGCUUCAAAACCCUCAUAAAUUUGGACUUGUCAAAUAAUUUGAUAUCAGAGUUUCCCGAAAAUAUGAGAUCAGAGACUUUAGCUAAGUUGGAUUUGAGCAUGUGCAGAUUGACAAUAAUUCGAAAUACAACAUUUGGCGGUUUUCCUGAGCUUGGUAUUCUUAAGCUUUCAGGAAAUCGUUUUACCAAUCCCUUUAGACCCGAAUACUUUCGAGCGAAUAUCUUUUUGAGUCAAAUUUGGUUGAGUGACAAUAUGUGGCGUUGUGAUUGUCACGAUCCAACAUUUAUGGCUUUUUAUGAUUUUUUAACAAUGAAACCACAAAAGCUAAAAGACAAAAGUAACGUUAAAUGCUUUAGUCCGACAGCUUAUUAUGGAAAAAGCUGGGAAAAUGCCUGCAUGACUGUUUGGUAUCCAGUUCAAAAUGAAAAAGCUGCUCAAAAGGUCUGGACAAUAAUGUUUAUCCUUUUGAUAAUCAUGGGUUGUCUUCUAAUGGCUACAUCUUGUUUCCGAAAUUUCGUCAAGAGACAAGUUAAACGAAGAAAUCGUCGGGAGCAGGAAGAAAACGAAGCUGAAUUGGCUGAAAUACAACGAAUAAAUCGUCGACUUCUUGCCCAAGACGCUCAACAAAAUGCUCCAAAUACACAAGAACUGAUGCUUCCUACUUAUGAAGCAGCCUUAUUGAUGCCGAAAUUAGACAGAGGCAGUAAGUCGAUGAUGGACUUGUCAUCAACCCGAAAGCCUAUAUCGCAUAAAAGAAGAGAUCUUGAGUCACGUGGAGAGAGAAUAAACGAAGAAGAAGCCAUAUUAGACCAUCAUCGUUACCGCAGUGAGGAACUUCUGUCAAAUCGUGACAAAGAACGGACAGCUCACAUGGGAACAUUCCGAAGAACUGGUCGAAUUGACCACAAUCCGUCAGGAAGUCGUCGUUUCAGUAUCGAAGAUCUACGUUUUCCAGCAGCACAUUUGAAAUCUCAAAACCUUCAGAGUGCCGAAAGAAUUGGAAACUUCCAAAGCUAUGAAAACAGUCCUUAUACUAAAAGACGACCAAAAUAUCAAGAAGAAGUUCCAGUAUUUAAACGAGCUAGUAUCAGAGAUAGUGUGGAAUUCCUUACUGAUUCGGAAUACAAUAGUAAGCCUGGUAGUCCUUUUGCACAACGACGUCCUCAGAUUGAAGAAACUACUGCAUCAUCAUUGUCUCUUGGAGCUAAAUUGCUGAAAAGUAAAGUGCCAGCUGAUAAGAGUUUUUUAACUGUGGCUGAGCAUUUUGGUCGUGAUCCGGAUGAAGUGGAUAACAAGUCCAGAUCACUUGCAUCAAGUUCAAGUGAUUUUCAAGUAAUGCGUUCGUCAGAUGUUGAUUUGGCAUCACUGCCAGAUUCACAGUCGUCAAAAAAUGAUGAUGAACCGGUUGUUGUGGUUCAUACGCCAGUUAGAGAAAGUAAAUUUUAGAUAAAUAUUUUUUUGUUUCUAUUAUUUAUGAUUUCCUUAUUUACAUUUGAUAGUAGAGAAAAAUGAUUAUUAGAUAAGUUUUAAUGUUUCCAUUGGUUAAAAAAAAAAUUAAAGAAUAAUUUAUUUAAGAACCAAA